AUGGAAGACGUCAAUCAAACAUCUCCAGAAAGUUUCAUCCUCCUUGGUCUAUCUGAUGUUCCCCAUCUCCAGGCCAUCUUCUUCCUUGUGUUCUUUAUGAUUUACAUAAUGACGUUGUCAGGAAACCUUCUACUGAUCAUUGUGGUGAGGAUCAACCCAAAGCUACAGACCCCCAUGUACUUCUUUCUGAGUAAUCUCUCUGUUAUAGACAUCUGUUUCUCAUCCACCAUCGUUCCCAAACUUCUCGUGAAUACUGUGGUCAUGGAUAGAAGUAUCUCCUUGUUGGGAUGUGCAGUACAGAUGUACUUCCAUUUGGCUUUAGGAUCCACAGAGUGUAUGAUUCUGGCCGUCAUGGCGUAUGACCGGUUUGCUGCCAUCUGUAGACCAUUGCACUACAACAUCAUCAUGAGCAAGAUGCUUUGUGUCAGUUUAGCUGCAUGUUCAUGGAUUCUAGGAUUCACGAACUCCGCCAUCCACGUUGUCCUCACCUUCCAACUCCCCUACUGCAAGUCCCACCAUGUCAACCACUUCUUCUGUGAGAUGCCUCCUUUUUUUCGACUGUCCUGUCGAGAAACACAGCUUAAUGAAAUAGCCACUUAUAUUGCAACGGGUAUCAUUGCUAUGUGUUCUUUUUUCUUGACAUUUAUUUCAUAUAUCCACAUCAUCUCCACCAUCUUGAAAAUAAGCUCCUCAAAGGGAAGACUUAAAGCUUUCUCCACGUGUGCUUCUCAUCUGACGGUGGUGGUUCUCUACUAUGGGACCAUCAUGUUUGUGUAUCUGAGGCCCCGCUCUACGUAUUUUGCAGAAACAGACAAAAAUGUGUCUAUUUUCUAUACGGCUGUGACGCCAAUGUUGAACCCCAUCAUCUACAGUAUGAGAAACAAGGAUGUCAAAGGCUCACUACGCAAGAUGCGUAGGGCCCCGAAAAUUACUCUAGGCCCCGGCUUCCCCCUCGUUCCUCUGUUUUGCACUAUUUUCUGCAGCCUCCUCUCCCCUAUCCUCCGGCAGAUGGAUGCUCCAUACAUCGUCAAGACUGAUGAAGAGCUCAUUGGAUGCAUUGGACGUGACACAGAGGAACAGUCCACUGCUGGAGCAUAG